CUCAACGAACAUUACACAAAGCUGAUCUUCCAUCCCUUUCUUAACUCUCUCUCUCUCUCUCUCUCUAACACACACACACACACACACAGAGAGCAACUGACCAAUGGCGAAACCACCGCAAACUGCCGGCAGCAACCACCAUUCCUUCGCUUCCAAGUUAAUCCUCCUUCUUACUCUCCUCCCAAUCACCCUCGCCGCCUUCGCAUUCGUCCUCCAAUGGCGCGGCGGAGCCGUUGUAGACGUAGACGAUAUCUCUCGCUGGUCACCGCACCACAACUCUCUCAAGUUCCCCGGAAUGGACUCCUCGCCGCUCGCCACCGUCGUUGAGCACCACUCCGCCUCCGACUGCCUCUCCCUAGGUCAAUCGUCUUCUCCGUCGUUCCCUUACUUUCACGAUUGGAAGUUCCAGUAUGAUUCCGAUCUUAAACCUAAGAUAUCUAUUACAACUAGUACGUCCGCUGGUUUAGAUCAGAUCUUGCCAUGGAUGUUCUAUCAUAAAGUACUUGGGGUCGGAACCUUCUUUCUAUUUGUUGAGGGAAAAGCUGCGUCUCCAACUGUUUCAAAAGUUCUUGAAUCUAUCCCUGGGGUCAGGGUCAUAUACCGAACAAAAGAAUUAGAAGAGCAACAAGCUAACAGUCGGAUCUGGAAUGAGACGUGGCUGUCAAGCUUCUUUUAUAAACCAUGUAAUUAUGAGCUUUUUGUAAAGCAAUCACUCAAUAUGGAGAUGGCUAUAGUCAUGGCAAGGGAUUCAGGCAUGGACUGGAUACUUCAUCUUGACACAGAUGAAUUGAUACACCCGGCUGGUGCCGGGGAAUAUUCUCUAAGGAAGUUACUUCGUGAUAUUCCUAGCGAUGUGGAUAUGGUGGUCUUUCCAAACUACGAGAGCAGUGUAGAGCGUGAUGACAUCAAGGAUCCUUUUAUAGAGGUAUCAAUGUUUAAAAGGAAUUAUGAUCAUCUUCCAAAGGACACCUACUUUGGCAUGUACAAAGAAUCUACUCGUGGGAAUCCGAAUUACUUUUUAACUUAUGGGAACGGAAAAUCAGUUGCGCGGGUUCAGGAUCAUUUAAGGCCUAACGGUGCACACAGAUGGCACAAUUACAUGAAAACUCCAAAGGAGAUAAAACUUGAAGAAGCUGCUGUUCUACAUUAUACAUAUGCUAAGUUUUCUGAUUUGACAUCAAGACGCGAUAGAUGUGGCUGCAAGCCUACUAAAGAUGAUGUCAAAAGAUGCUUUAUGUUGGAAUUUGAUCGAGCGGCAUUCAUAGUUGCUUCAACUGCAACAGAAGAAGAAAAGCUGACUUGGUAUCGUGAACACGUGGUGUGGACUGACAAAACAGUAAACUUGAAACUGUUGAGGAAAGGGAUUUUAACUCGCAUAUACGCUCCAUCAGUUAUUAUUGAGGGUUUGAAGGAAUCGGGUGUGUUCAGCUCUGUGAUUGCUAAAGCCCCUGCAACUCUGUCACGGGACAAAUUCUUAGCUUCCAUCGAGAGCAGUAACUCCUCGAGGACUAGUGGGGGCCGAUCGCAGCCUCCAAGGAAGAUAAGAAGAAACCCAGAGAAUGAAUCCCGAGCAACUGUUAGGAAGGUUUUGGAAGCUACGGAGGUAGCAGUGCCACCAUUGUCUCCCCCGGGACCCACCAUGGAAAACAACCUCAUAACCGAGACCAGAUAAUUGUAGAGUUGACUUUGACUCGGUUUAAGUUGACUUUUGCUUGAUUAUGAAGGCUGUUCCCGAUCAUAUUAGCCAAGCGCGCAGGCAAGUUGCGGGGUGGGGGGUUUAGAAACACACUUGUUACUUCAUUUGAGUUUUGUUAUUAUAUGUAUAGAUGUAUUUAGAGUGUCAAGUAGUAUAACUUUUGAUCAAUACAUAUUCAUCUUGUUUGCUUGACUUGACCUUGGUGCGAACUCUGUGACGCUUCUUGUUCUUUUGACCUGUGAAAAAACAGGUAAGGGUAUUUGGUUUGGAA